UGGGUAAAAUAGUUUUGUAGUGUAGUGUUGGUGCCGGUGGUGUGAGGGAGAGACGUCCAUCUUGGUGUGUUAGUGAAGACGGUACCAUGGCUCUCCUCUCGGCACGUCUAGCUGCCUCCCUCGCUAAGAACCUGCCCAGGACCUCCUCUCAGGUGGCCAAACUUCUGCCAGCAGCCAUUGUUGUUUCAAGAAAACUCUCAACUAGCAAUGUUGUUGCCACAGCGGAAGUCUCCACCAUCCUGGAGGAGCGCAUUCUUGGUGCUGCACCCAAGGUCAACCUAGAGGAGACUGGUCGUGUGCUAAGUAUUGGUGAUGGUAUCGCUCGUGUGUAUGGCCUGAAGAAUAUCCAGGCUGAGGAGAUGGUCGAGUUCUCCUCUGGCUUGAAAGGUAUGGCUCUGAACUUGGAGCCUGACAAUGUGGGUGUUGUGGUGUUCGGUAACGACAAACUGAUUCGUGAGGGUGAUAUUGUGAAACGUACUGGUGCCAUUGUGGAUGUUCCUGUGGGUGAAGGCACUGGACGUGUAGUUGAUGCCCUGGGUAACACAAUUGAUGGCAAGGGACCUAUUGUUGGAGGAAAAAGAGCUCGUGUUGGUGUGAAAGCCCCAGGUAUCAUUCCACGCAUUUCUGUGAGAGAGCCUAUGCAGACUGGUAUUAAGGCUGUCGACUCCUUAGUGCCAAUUGGCCGUGGACAGCGAGAGUUGAUCAUUGGUGAUCGUCAGACUGGUAAAACUGCUAUUGCUAUUGACACUAUUAUUAACCAGAAGCGUUUCAAUGAUGGUGCUGAAGAGAAGAAGAAAUUGUAUUGUAUCUAUGUUGCCAUUGGCCAGAAGAGGUCUACUGUUGCCCAAAUUGUGAAGAGGCUCACAGAUGCUGAUGCCAUGAAGUACACAAUUGUGGUAUCUGCUACUGCCUCUGAUGCUGCUCCACUUCAAUACUUGGCACCCUAUGCUGGUUGUGCUAUGGGUGAAUACUUCCGUGACAAUGGCAAACAUGCCCUCAUCAUUUAUGACGACUUGUCCAAGCAGGCUGUAGCCUAUCGUCAGAUGUCCCUGCUGCUGCGUCGUCCACCUGGUCGUGAGGCUUACCCUGGCGACGUGUUCUAUCUUCACUCUCGUCUUCUCGAACGUGCUGCCAAGAUGAACGAUGCACAUGGUGGUGGAUCUCUUACUGCCCUGCCAGUUAUUGAGACUCAGGCUGGUGAUGUAUCUGCUUACAUUCCGACCAAUGUGAUCUCCAUCACUGAUGGACAGAUCUUCUUGGAGACUGAGCUCUUCUACAAGGGUAUUCGCCCAGCCAUUAAUGUUGGUCUCUCUGUAUCUCGUGUUGGUUCUGCUGCCCAGACAAAGGCAAUGAAGCAGGUUGCUGGUUCAAUGAAGCUGGAGUUGGCCCAGUACCGUGAAGUUGCUGCCUUUGCCCAGUUUGGCUCAGAUCUUGAUGCAUCAACUCAGCAGUUGUUAAAUCGUGGUGUGCGUCUUACUGAACUCUUGAAACAAGGACAGUAUGUACCCAUGGCUAUUGAAGAACAGGUAGCAGUCAUUUACUGUGGUGUUCGUGGACUUCUUGACAAGUUGGACCCUUCAAAGAUCACUAAGUUUGAGCAGGAGUUCAUGUCCAUGAUGAAAACCAGCCACCAAGAUCUCCUUAAUGGUAUCGCCAAGGAGGGACUGAUAACACCAGAGGCUGACGCUAAGCUGAAACAGAUCAUUGUGGAUUUCUUGGCUACUUUCCAGGCUUAAAUAAAUAUGAAUAAAUGUAGUCUUAGGUCAAGUCAUGGGAUGCCCUUGUGUUGUCCUUGAGUGGGUCUCGAGUCAGGGCCAUGAGUUGGUUUAAAAUUCUAAUAAUAUUUAUAUGUAUGCAUGCCCUAGAACUGGGUUUUGCCGGAUGGAACAUAUUGGUAUCCCAGUGUGUAUAUAAGCCAAUGUCAACUUGGGGAGAGUGUAUACAAUUUGCAUGCACCUUCCUCAUUUCACAUUUCCAUAUUUUAU